GACCCUAUCCGACGACGACAUCGCGCCGAACCUUCAUUUAUCAAUUCGCUACUCAAUUUUGGCCUCCCCGAGCAUGUUUGCAGCUGCCGGCCGGGCCUGAUCUUGGACCUUCGCCGACGGAGUCACAGUUGCCGAGCGCAUCCCGACCCCCAUCGCCGGCCCCGAAAUGCCCUCCUUCGUGUCGGACGCGAACACGGCAAUUGACUCGCAGUCCUCGGGUGUUGUGCACCUCGACCGGGCCGUCGAGUACGGCUUAACCCAACCGAAAGCCCAUGGACAAAUGGUUCGCCAGCCGCAUUCGCACACGUCCAACGAGAGCUUUGGCGGGAGUUCGGCCAACUCGACGACUUCAUCCAGCACAUCCGAAACGUCCAUCGAACCGGACCAGCGGGCUGCCAAGGACUCAUCCGGCCCACGGAGUAUGAGUUCGUCACGGAAUGGACCUUCUGGCGGAGAACCUAAUGGUGUGGCCGGUGUCGAGUCUGCCAGCCGAAGAUCGCUGCAAUCUACUCACUCGGCAACACUCGUCGAUCGGACGGUCCCAAACUCGGGGAAUAGGGGGGCCGGCGAUGAUUUGCAGGGCCGAAAGCUGAGCGACGGAAUUCCACGCGCCACACCCGAGAACGGCAAUCCACAGUCACUACCGAGUGUUGAAGUGCACUUGCAUCCUGCCGGUAAAGGCGACGUUCGCACGGUUGACGGUGGGCCUUCCUCGCCGAGCGUCCCUGCCGCCAGCCCGCCUGCGCCCGGGGCGAGCGCAGCCUCGAGCCAGAGAAAUCAGAAAUCGCCCCAUCGAUACUCUUCACCUCCCAUCUACGACCAGCCAAACUCGUCUGGCCAGUUGCAGUCUCCUCCCACGCCCGGGAUCAAGCAUCGGCACACCCUAGAAGUGCCCAAGACGUCAUCCGCGCGCGGCUCGCGAGACGGAUUUGACACCGCCUAUUCAAGCGGCAGAUUCUCGCCGACCAUCACGCCGUCUGGUGGGCGCCGGGCGUCUCUGAGCUUGGCGAGGAGAAACACGCGUUCCCUGCAUUCUGAUGGCCCGCGGGACGAGGUCAUCCCUGACGAGGACGCCAUGCGUUGGGCAGAGGCGUACAGACAGAAGCGUGCCAGUAAGAGGAGGAGGAGGGAGCUCGAGGAUGACGACAGGGUGCUGGUCGGGACAAAGGUUGACGAGACGCACGCGAACUGGGUGACGGCCUAUAACAUGCUGACUGGCAUCCGCGUGGCCGUCUCACGAACCAAUGCCAAGCUCGACCGGCCCCUGACCGACGCCGAUUUCGACGUGAAGCAGAAGUCCACCUUUGAUAUCGCCGGAAACGAGCUGGUCCCGUCAGCCAAGUACGACUUCAAGUUCAAGGAUUACGCCCCUUGGGUGUUUCGCCACCUGCGCGCCCUCUUCCGGCUGGAUCCUGCCGACUACCUCAUGUCGCUGACCGGAAAGUACAUCCUGUCAGAACUCGGGUCCCCGGGAAAGAGCGGGAGCUUUUUCUACUUUUCCCGGGACUACAAGUACAUCAUCAAGACCAUCCACCACGCUGAGCAUAAGUUCCUCCGCAGGAUCUUGAAGGAUUACUACCAACACGUCAAGGAAAACCCCAACACGCUCCUUUCACAGUUCUACGGACUUCACCGGGUCAAGAUGCCGUACGGGAGAAAGAUCCAUUUUGUCGUCAUGAACAACUUAUUCCCGCCUCACAGGGACAUCCACCAAACAUUUGACUUGAAGGGCUCGACUAUCGGUCGGGAUUACAAGGAAGAAGACUUGGAACACAAUCCAAGGGCCACCCUGAAGGAUCUGAACUGGCUCCGGCGGAAGAGAAAUCUCGAGCUGGGCCUCCAAAAAAGACAACUCUUCCUGGAGCAACUGUACAAAGAUGUGCGGCUCUUGCAAAGAUUGCAGAUUAUGGAUUACUCUUUGCUCAUAGGCAUCCACGAUCUCCAGAGGGGCAACGAGGAGAAUCUGCGGGAUAAAACGCUACGCGUCUUCAACCCGGGCGGGAGUAACAGUGCCUCAGAAGACUUCGACCCUCAUUCAGUUCUCAUGCGGACGCCCUCCAAGUUGGAAAACCAACGCAAGGCUCGAGAGCUGCGCCAAAUGAUCCAGUCUGAAAAGCCCGUGCCGAUGGGAGAGACCAGCAGCCGGAUGCCGGAUGAACUCGAGGAAGGCCAGGGCCGGCCAGGAUUUAUCUUCAACCAGGAUGACGGUGGCUUUAGGGCGACGCAUGAGGACAAUGCUCCAGCAGAUGAGAUCUACUACUUGGGCGUGAUCGACUGCCUCACCCAUUACGGUAUCGUCAAGAAGAUAGAACACUUCUGGAAAGGCCUUUCAAGUGAUCGCAGUCAGAUUUCGGCCCUCCCGCCCCAAGAAUAUGGCGAGCGGUUUAUCAACUUUAUUUCGAGCAUGACCAUGUCGCGAGAAGAAGCUUCCAGGGCCGCGCAAGAGCGGGAUGCUGCGCUCGCGGCCGAAUCGGCUGCUGCAGUCCCCCCUGUCCCGAGCCGCGGGCCUCCAUUACCCCCCACCUCUUCGCCACCGGGCCAAACCCGGGCAGCGCAGCAGACGAGAGCCUGGGAGGGAGCUGGGACAGAGGAAGACGUACCGGAGCGGGUUCUCAGAACGACCAUCACCGCUCCUACCUCAAACAACGCGGGGCCCGGCAAAUCCAGCCAGAAUGGGAGUCCGUCGGCAACCGAGCGCAGAGAGACGACUAUUCUUCCCGUCGUGGAAGAAGCGGCUGAGGGCACAUCAACGGGAGACCGCAGCCGAAACAGUCACGUUAGUAGCCUCACAACGGAAAGCGAGGGCCGGCCAUUGACCCCCGCUAAGGAGGGCGACGAGCUGGCACCGGGAUUCGCAAACCCGCUCCUUGGCAGCCGCAGUGGCAGCAAGGGAAGCAGCAACAUGAACGCACGGCCUCCACCAACUCCGCCGAAGACGGGGCAUGGGUAUACCGGGCAAGCGAAGCCGAACAGUGCCGAUAGUGGAUACGGUAUUGGCAGCGGCAACGGCAGCAACGGCGGCCCCCGCAGUCUCGGAGGGUCCCAGAAGUCCCUGAGCAUACCACAGCAGCUCAGUCGCGAAAGCCUCGACAAGGCGUUGCCGCCCCUUCCAAAGGCGGGUUCGGCUCGUGCUCAAUCCACGUCGUAGUGCGAUGAUGUUGAGUCGUCGCAGCGGGGCGAGGUGCCACAACAACCAUCGGUGUUGGAGGCGCAGCCCGUCCGGCUGGAGUGGGAGCAAGUUCGACCUCGACUUCUGCAAAGAAUGGUGCGCAGUCGGGUCUUGGGCA